AUGUCAGUGCAGAUAUUCGGCGACCAGGCCAGCGAAGAAAGGGCUGAAAACGCCCGUAUGGCGUCUUUUGUCGGCGCCAUCGCCGUGGGCGACCUAGGCAUGGACAAGUUGUUACAGUCUGCGUCUGAUCCAGACAAGGCCUUGAUCACCAACGACGGAGCGACCAUUCUCAAGCUGAUCCCAUUGGACAAUCCAGCAGCCAAGGUGUUGGUGAACAUCGCCAAGGUGCAAGACGACGAGGUUGGAGACGGAACCACGUCGGUGACGGUUUUGGGAGCUGAGCUUUUGAGAGAGGCUGAGAAGCUUGUGGACCAGAGAAUCCACCCACAGACGAUCAUCGAAGGCUACAGAAUCGCCAAAGACACGGCGGUGGCCGCUUUGGACAAGGUGGCGAUCAACAACGGCGCCAACGCCGAGAAGUUCCGCUCGGACUUGAUCAACAUUGCCAGAACCACCCUUUCGCUGAAGAUCUUAGCCCAGGACAAGGAGUCGUUUGCCGAGCUUGCCGUGGACGCGAUUUUGCGUUUGAAGGGCUCGACCAACUUGAGCAACAUCCAGAUCAUCAAGAAAGCCGGCGGCAAGUUGGCAGACUCGUACCUCGACGAGGGCUUCAUCUUGGAGAAGCGUUUCGGCAUCAACCAGCCCAAGAAGAUCCAGAACGCCAAGAUUUUGGUGGCCAACACGUCGCUCGAUACCGACAAGGUCAAGAUCUUUGGCGCCAAGUUCAAGGUGGACUCGACGUCCAAAUUGGCCGAGCUUGAAAAGGCCGAGAAGCUGAAGAUGAAGGCCAAGAUCGAGAAAAUCAAGAAGUUCGGCAUCAACGUGUUCAUCAACAGACAGCUCAUCUACGACUACCCAGAGCAGUUGUUCACGGACGCCAAGAUCAACUCCAUCGAACACGCCGAUUUCGACGGUGUGGAGCGUUUGGCCUUGGUCACCGGCGCCGAGGUUGUCUCGACGUUUGACGAGCCCGACAAUGUCCGUUUGGGCCACUGCGAGCAAAUCGAGGAGAUCUUGAUUGGCGAGGACCCCUUCCUCAAAUUCUCUGGCUGUGAUGCCGGUGAAGCUUGUACUAUAGUCUUGAGGGGCGCCACGGAGCAGGGCUUGGACGAGGCCGAGAGAUCGCUCCAUGACGCCUUGUCGGUGUUGCUGCAGACCACCAGAGAAACACGUACUGUGUUGGGUGGUGGAUGCUCUGAAAUGAUCAUGUCCAAGGCUGUGGACCAGGCUGCCGCCAACGAGACCGGCAAGAAGGCUCUUGCUAUCGAGGCCUUUGCCAGAGCCUUGAGGGCGCUUCCUACGAUUUUGGCCGACAAUGCUGGUUUCGACUCGAGCGAGUUGGUGACGAAAUUACGUUCUGCAAUCUACAACGGCAUGCUGACGUCCGGCUUGGACCUCAAUCAGGGUGUGGUUGCUGACAUGCGCGAGAUGGGUGUUGUGGAGUCGUACAAGUUGAAGAGGGCCGUGGUGCUGUCGUCGUCCGAGGCUGCUGAGGUCUUGUUGAGAGUCGACAACAUCCUCCGUGCCAAGCCCAGAACCGCCGACAGAAACCACUAG